GAAUACGGUUAACCUAACAAAACUAUUAACCGGGAAAAAUGAAAUAAUAACAGAAUGACCAAAAACCCUGAAUAAACCCCCAGAAGACGAAAUCCGCAACUCCAAAAGUUUUCACCGCCGAUGAAUUCAUCCACGAAGCGCCUUCAAUCCGACUGAGAAAAUUCCAGCUCUGACUUCUCCCCGCCAUAAUUCAUUCUUGUAGAAGGUAAAUGCCCUCUCGAUUCUCUCAGUUCCACAUCUUAGCAUUGAAUUUGAUCCCUCGAAACAGAUCCAAAAUGCCCGUUCUGGGCAAAAUAUGUAAUUUCCGGCAGUAGAUUCCGUAAGUCCAGAAGCAAUAGUCGAUCCCCAGCUUAAAGUUUCCGUCUUUGUCUAUUGCUGUUCGAAGCUGAUGCUGUAUCAUUUCUGGGUUCGUCUCAUUUCAUAGCUCUUUGUGAACUUGAUUGUCUGCCUGAGAGCAUACUUUUUAGUUCGUCAUUUUGCAUUCUUCUGUAAACCCUAAUCUACUUUUAGGAGAUGGAUGUUUGAUCGUAUUGUCGUAUUGGGACUCCUUUCGAGAAUUCUGAAGAUGGUUAAUGAAUUGUAGAAGUAAUUAACUGCAGUACUAUACUAUGAGCUCAUUGAACCAAUCCUAAUCCUGAUGCAGAGCUGAAGACAUUGAUGGUUUGCAUGUGGUGAAAUCCUAGGAUUCAGAUGUUGGGUUUGGGAUACUCAAUGGACGAAUUGCUAAAGAACCACCUUUUCGCAACUCAUGCCAUUGCUGGUGCAGGCUCGGUGGCAUUAGGCACUGCACUAACUUACCCUCUUGAUACAAUCAAGGUCCUUACCCAGGUUGGUUCAAGUUCUAAUAAGCAGUUGACUCCACUUUCAGUUUUAAGAAGAGUUCAAGCUCUGUCUGGAAACUCAGGUGUAUACAGUGGAUUGGGUUGGUUGACUUCAGGCAGAAUUGUUGGUCUUGGUACUCGCUUUGGCGUCUAUGAAAUUUUGACAGCAUUCUAUAAAGAUGGUCGAGAGGACAACUAUGUAUAUGUUCACGAGGCCCUCAUGGCAGGCAUGGCAGCUGGUGCCUUGGAGUCACUCACAAGCUCUCCAUUCGAAUUUGUCAAACUUCGUGCUCAAGUGACCUCUGCUUCUCGCGCUCGAACUUCUACACCCUCUACAGAAUCUAGAUCCGUGGGACCCGUGAUUUCCAAACUAUUACGUGGAUACACUCCUGACGUAAAAGCGCUGAGCCAUUCGACUGCCCUUCUAUCUACGCUAUCCACCAAGCACCCAGACCUCGUCGGUGCACUGAGAGAGCAUCCAUGGAUGAUGACUGGCUCUGGGAGGCCACCGUCAGUUAGUGAUGUUAGUAAACCAUCGCAUGUAAUCUCAUUAGAAGGAUGGAGUGCUUUCUGGAGAGGCAUUCGAUCUGGAAUUGUUCGAGAUUCUGUAUUUGGUGGGACGUUCUUUUGCACAUGGCAGUUCCUUCACCGGGCAAUGCUCGACUGGAAAGCAGUCGGUAUGGUUCCUGAACCCAGGUUUGACGAUGAGAUUGGGCCGCUGUCACCAUUAGCCGUCAGUGCUGCUGCUGGGAUUUCAGGAUCGAUUGCUGCUGCUGCCUCUCAUUGUUUCGACACAGCAAAAUGUCGGUUCCAAUGUACCGUGCUGCCCAAGUAUCUUAGAUACGAAAGGGCGCUGUUGAAAUGGCGCCGUCCAGGGACAAGAUUCGAGAGAGCCACGGGAAUCCACCCUGCAGAUAGAAACGUUCUAUUCCGAGGAAUCUGGCUGAGGAUGGCUCGCAGUGGGGUCGCGUCGUUUGUUAUCAUAGGAACGUAUUAUUUGGCUGUUGAUCAGCUCCUUUCUUGAUGAACCACAGAUGAACAUUAAGCAUAUGCCAAAUAUUGAGCAGGUUUUGCCGCCUUAUUUAAAGCACUGCAAGUAAUUAUUGGUAGAAAGGCCAUAACUUUUUGGCAGUGCAGUUCAUCACAUCGUUGAAAGAGAUUCUGUAAAAUUUAGCAACUCUUGUUCCUGGCUUCUCCAACUUCUGUAUUCGAUUAUUUGAAGAUAUACUGAAUUGCUGAUGUUCUGUUAAGUUCACUGUUGCUCCUUUGUUGCAUGACAUCCCUGAGGUAUGUUGCAUCCAUUUUCCCCCCUACCAUUCCAAGUAGGAGUUGAUGAUGGUCUGAAUUCACACCCGAUGAGUAUAUGAUCAUAUUGAUAAGGGAAGGAAGAUGAUCAACUGACCCGGAUGAAGAACUAAUCAAUUUGGUUCCCACCU